AGAACAAUGGCAAUGGGUUUUUGAUCCUACUGUACCUAUUGGUUUCGUGAGAGCCUAGGCAGUUUGGAUGCUCACCUUACUAGACCUGGAUGGAGGUGGGUGGUCCUUGGACUUCCCACAGGGCAGAGAACCCUGAUUGCUCUUUGGGCUGACGAGGGAGGGAGACUUGAUUGGGGGAGGGGGAGAGAAAGGGGAGGCGGCUGGGGGGAAGAGACAGAAAUCUUUAAUAAAUAAAUAAAAAAGAAAAAAAACAACGUGGAGACAUUACUAAUUAUGAAAGCUUGGCUGUAGCUUAGGCAGGUCCCACUAGCUCGUAUCACUUAAACUAACCCGUUUAUUUUAAUCUACAUUUCGUCGCACAGCUUAUGACCUCAUCUCUCCGCACUGCUCCUGCUGUUUCUUCCACAUCCGGCUGGCGACUCUGCCUUCUUCUUUCCAGAGUUCUCUCUUUCUCUACCCAGGAAUCCUGCCUGUCCCUGCCAAUGCCUAGCUAUUGGCCAUUCAGCUUUUAUUACACCAGUCACUACAAUACAUUUUCCCAGUGUACAAAUAUCCCACACACUAGCUAGCCAUAGAGCCCAGAAAUCUGCUAGUUUCUACCUUGGCUUAGUGUGUGUGUUUUCUUUGUUUUUAGCUCAGGCUAGCCUAGAAGUUUUGAACUUGUUAGAUCCCUAAGACCAACCUUGAACUGCUGAUCCGCUGCCUCUACGUCCCAAGUGCUGGGAAUAUAGGCAUGUCACCAGGUCCAAAUAGGGAUUUUCUUAUAAUAAAUUGUGGGGGAGAGCUGGAGAGAUGGCUUAGUGGUUAAGAGCAUUGACUGUUCUUUCAGAGGAUCCGGGUUCAAUUCCUAGAACCCACAUGGCAGCUCACAACUGUAAUACCAGUUCCAGGAGAUUCAACAGCCAUGGCAAAGCAUCAGUGCACAUAUAAAAUAAAAAUACAUAAAUUUAAAAAUAAAUAAAUAAGGUGUGGGAGAAAUAAAGCGAUGUUUUCAAGAGUAGGCCAUUUGCUAAGUAGUUUUCGGUUGCUGUGGUAAACAUCAUAACCAGAAGCAACUAACAGAAGGAAGGGUUUACCUGACGUGUGGAUUCAGAGGAGUAAGAGUCCACCAUAGCAUGGAGGCCUAGCGACACGCAACACACGUGGAAGUAGGAGUAGAAAGCCAAGAGCUCACAUGUUCAAGUACACAUAUGAAGCAGAGAGAGCCACCUGGAAGAAGGCUGAGGCGAGGCACUCUCAAAGCUCCCAGGGACACACUUCCUCUAGCAAAGCCACACCUCGAAAGGCCACAUCCUCUAAACCUCUCCCAUCCCAGCACCUCCAGCUGAUGACUAAGUGUUCAGAAGCCCAAGCCUAUGAGGGACAUUUCUCUCUUAAACCACCACAGGCCACUAUCAUUAUGUCCCUCUGUGUGCUGUUAAUAUGUUUUAUUACCAUUGGCCCAUGGCAGGGCAGAAUAUAACUGGGCGGGAAAGCCAAGCUGAAUACAAGGAGAAAGAAGGCGAAGUUGAGGGAGACACUAACAGCCACCGGAGAAGCAAGAUGUGAGGUAACAAGCCAUGAGCCUUGUGGUAAAAUGUAGAAUAAUAGAAAUGGGUUAAUUUAAUUUGUAAGAGUUAGUUAAUAAUAAGCCUGAGCUAAUAGGCCAAACAGUUUGUAACUAAUAAGCCUCAGAGUGGUUAUUCAGGAACUGGAGGGCAGGAAAAAACCUCCAGUUAUGGUGAGUGGAAGUUUAUGCCAGAAGUCUGAACAUUUUAGCAGCUAAGACAACAGGAUUACCACAUGUUCUAGGCUAGCCUGGGCUACAUAGUGAGUUUUGGGUCAGCCUGAACUACAGGGUAAGACCUGCCUUCAAAAAUAACACUACACAUACACACACAUCACAAUAUCACAUGAAGUAGAAAAUGGUUUAUUGUUUGGGGGACUGGCAGGAAGUUCGAGAGAAAGGGAAUUGUAUGGAGGAGUGAAUGUGGUCAGAGUACAUGGUGUACUUCAUAGGAAUGUCAUUAUAAAACCCACCAUUAUAUAUGAUGAAUGCAUUCCAAUAAAAAUAGAAGCUCUUCUGGGCACACCUUUAUCUCAGCACUUGGGUGUUGGGAGCUAUUAGGGGCUGUGGGCUCUGUACCCUAAAUUCCUUGUGAGCAGCUUGUUUUUUCCUGUGCUUUCAGCUGCUCUGAGCACAAGACCUUGAUGGCAGGCUGGUGGGUCAGCCACUGAAAGAUUCCUAGAGCUGGGGCGUGGCCAGAGCCCUACAUAAGCACAAUAAACUUGGCCCUGAGCACAAUAAACCUGGCAUUCUUGUAUCAAGGAUGACUCGUGUCCUCGUCUCUUUGUCUUUGUCUGUCUCAGUCUCUGUGUCUCUGAAUGUUUCAAUCUCCAGCCCCUUGCCAGAGACUCACAAACCGUAACAGUAGCGCUGACCAUCCUGUAGUGCUACAGGUGUAGAACUUACACUUGGGAGGCAGAGGCUGGUGGAUUUCUGUGAGUUUGAGGUCUGCCUGAUCUACAGAGCAGGUUCCAGGACAACCAGGGCUACACACAGAAACCCUUGAAAAAAAGAGAGAGAAAAAGUAACACUUAGCCUGUCAUAGUGGUACAGGCCAUUAAGCCCAGCACUUGAGAGGCAGAGGCAGGAGGGUUUCUGAGUUCAAGGUCAGCCUGGUCUGCGGAGCUAGUUCCAAGACAAUUCAUUGGUGCUGUGCAGAGAUCCUUGUCUUGAAAAACAAAGAAACAAGUAAUAAUAAUAAUAAUAAUGAAAAGGCUUCCCUAGCAUGCGUAGAGCCCUGGGUUUGAUUCCCAGUAUAAACAAGGAGUGGAUGAGCACACCCGUGAUCCCAGCAGUCGGGAGUGGAUGAGCACACCUGUAAUCACAGAGAUCCACCUGCCUCUUCUGCCCAAGUGCUGGGAUUAAAAGUGUGGCCACCACCUCCCAGCCCUUCUGCUGCAGUUCCUGCCUUAAGUGAAACAAACCCUUUCCUCUCCUUGCUGCUCUUGGUCCUGCUGUUUAUCAUAGCAAAAGAAAGCAGAUCAAAUAUUUUAUUUAUUUGUUUGGUGUUUUUGUUUUUGUGAGACAGGGCUUCUCUGUAGCUUUGGAGCCUGUCCUGUCCUGGAACUUUUUUGUAGACCACUCUGGCCUCGAACUCACAGAGAUCAGCCUAACUCUGCCUCCCAAGUGCUGGGAUUAAAAGCAUAUGCCACCACUGCCCGGUUUGAAAUAAAUAUUUUAAAAAGAGAAGUUCAAGGCUAUUUUCAGCUAUGUAGCAAGUUUGAAAUCAACCCGGUUCACAAAAAAAAAAAAAAAAAAAAAAAAAAAAAAAAAAAAAAAAAAAAAAAAAAAAAAAAAAAAAAAAAAAAAAAAAAAAAAAAAGGAAGAAAGAAAGAAAGACAGGAAAAAAAAAGAAAAAAAUUGGGCUGGUGCGAUGGCUCAGUGCAUGUAAGUGCUCACUGUGCAAACUGAAUGACCAAGCUUAGCUCCUGGAAGCCACGGAAAAGCUGUCCCCAGGGCUGCGCAGCUGUAGUCCCAGAACUCGGGGGCAGAGACAGAAGACUCACCCAGAUCACAGGCCAGCUCUCUGGGAGUGCACAGUGCCACUGAAUAGCAGCGAGAGAGACUCUUGUUUCAGUACUGAGGAAGGAGAAUGCUGUCCUCUGACCUCCACACAUAUGCUGUGGCAUGUGCUUGCCUGCACUCAUACACAGGAAUAAUACAUAGAAAUAUUUAUAUUUUUAGCCGUGCAGUGGUGGCGCACGCCUUUAAUCCCAGCACUUGGGAGGCAGAGGCGGACAGAUUUCUGUGAGUUCGAGGUCAGCCUGGUCUACAAGAGCUAGUUUCAGGACAGGCUCCAAAGCUAUAGAGAAACCCUGUCUUGAAAAACCAAAACAAUAAAUAAAUAAAUAAAUAAAUAAAUAAAUAAAUAAAAUAAAAAAAACAGAUUCAACGCAAUGCCCAGCAAAAUUCUUCAAAGACCUUGAAAGACUGGUACUCGGGCUGGAGAGAUGGCUCAGCGGUUAAGAGCACUGACUGCUCUUCCCGAAGACCCGGGUUCAAAUCCCAGUGCCCACAUGGUAGCUCACAACUGUCUGAAAAUCCAGUUCCAGGGGAUCUGACACCUUCACACCAAUGCACAUAAAAUAAAGCUAAAUAAACCAUAAAAAAUUAAAAAAAGAACAGUACUCAACUUCAUAUGGAAAAGCAAAAAAACCAGGAUAACCAAAAUAAUCCUGUACAAUAAAAGAACCUCUGGAAGCACCACCGUCCCUGACUUCAAACUGUACUACAGAGCUACGGUACUGAAAACAGUCUGGUAUUGGCAUAAGAACAGACAGAAAGACCAAUGGAACCGAAUAGAAGACGUGGAUAUCAAUCCACACAUCUUUGAACACCUGAUAUUUGAUAAAGAAACAAAAAAUAACAAAUGGAAAAAAGAAAGCAUAUUUAACAAGUAGUGCUGGCAUAACUGGAUAUCAACAUGUAGAAGAAAGAAAAUGGACCCAUAUCUAUCACCAUGCACAAAACUCAAGUCCAAAUGAAUCAAAGACCUCAACAUAAAGCCAGCCACACUGAAUCUUAUAGAAGAGAAAGUAGGGGUGGUGGCGCACGCCUUUAAUCCCAGCACUCGGGAGGCAGAGGCAGGUGGAUCUCUGUGAGUUCGAGACCAGCAUGGUCUACAAGAGCUAGUUCCAGGACAGGCUCCAAAGCCACAGAGAAACCCUGUCUCGAAAAACCAAAAAAAAGAAAAGAAGAGAAAGUAGGAAGUAAAUAGAACUCAGCAGCAUCGACACUGAGAAACAAUUAAUAAAUGGGACCUCCUAAAACUGAAAAGCUUCUGUAAAGCAAAGGACACGGUCAACAAGACAAAAUGACAGCCUACAGAAUGGGAAAAGAUCUUCACUAACCCCAAUUAGACAGAAGUCUGAUCUCCAAAAUAUACGAAGAACUCAGGAAAUUGGACACCAAAAGAUCACAUAAUCCAAUAAAAAAUGGAGUACAGACCUAAACAGAGAACUCUCAACAGAGGAAUCUAAAAUGGCUGAAAGACACAUAAGGAAAUGAUCAACAUCCUUAGUCAUCAGAGAAAUGCAAAUCAAAACAACUCUGAGAUUCCAUCUUACACCUGUAAGAAUGGCCAAAAUCAAAAACACUGAUGACAACUUAUGCUGGAGAGGUUGUGGGGAAAAGGGAACACUUCUGCAUUGCUGGUGGGAAUGCAAGCUGGUACAACCCCUUUGGAUGUCAGUGUGGCGAUUUCUCAGAAAAUUAGGAAACAACCUUCCUCAAGACCCAGUAAUACCACUUUUGGGUAUAUAUCCAAAGGAUGCUCAAUCGUGCCACAAGGACAUGUGCUCAACUAUGUUCAUAGCAGCAUUGUUUGUCAUAGCCAGAACCUGGAAACAACCUAAAUGCCCCUCGGUCAAAGAAUGGAUAAGAAAAAUGUGGUACAUUUACACAAUGGAGUACUACACAGCAGCUUGAAUUUUGCAGGAAAAUGGAUGGAGCUAGAAAACAUUAUUUUGAGUGAGGUAACCCAGACACAGAAAGACAAUUAUCACAUGUACUCACUCAUAGGUGGUUUUUACACAUAAAGCAAAGAAAGCCAGCCUACAAACCACAAUCCCAGAGAACCUAGACAACAAUGCGGACACUAAGAGAGACAUACAUAGAUCUAAUCUACAUGGGAAGUUGAAAAUGACAAGAUCUCCUGAGUAAAUUGGGAGCAUGGGGACCUUGGGAGAGGAUUGAAGGGAGGAGGGGAGAGUCAGGGAGGGGAGCAGAGAAAAAUGUAGAGCUCAAUAAAUAUCAAUAAAAACGUAUAAAAAAUGAAAACACACACUUUAAUUAGUGUAUAAAUUGUUAAGGUUAAAAAAGGAAAUAUUUAUUUUUUAAUUAGCAUGUACAAGACUCAAGAUUUAAUCAGUUAUUGAUCAAUGGUAGAGUGCUUGCCCUCCACAUGUAAGGCCUUGGUUCUACCCUCAGCACACUCACACACACUCACACACACUCACACACACUCACACUCAGACACACACACUCAGAUACACACAGACAGACAUGCACACUCACACACACAGACACACACUCACACACACAGACAGACAGACACACACUCAACACAGACACAGACAUACACACUCAGACACACACUCAGACACAGACACACACACUCAGACACAGACACAUGAACUACAUAAAAGGACAAUCAUUAUUUCAAGAGACUAAAGCCAAAAAUGAUGGUAGGAGUUGGUAGUUACAUACGGAGAAGGGAGAAAACCUUUUUUUUUUUCAUUUAUUUGUCUUUUUGAGCUCUUCAUUAAAAAGAAAAAACAAACCACAAAACCUCCAGUUUUCUAUAACUUUAAGUUAUUUAAUUUUUUAAAAAAUAACGGACUGAAUACAUGAAAACAUUAUUUGUAAACAAGAUGGCAAGCUUGUUUACAAAUCUGAGUCUCAACUCCUGUCUGAAGUUAGGUCUGCAGAUUUCUUGUAACAGGAAGAAGCUGAAUCGGGAAGGGACACAUGACAAUAAUCAUGGCUCAUGAUUGAUAACGUUCAAUGUAGGUCAGUUUGCAUAAAUUUGCCUUAACAAUCACAAUAGCAGGGCCGAUAGCAGAUAAAAUUUGGACACACCCAAACACAGGGCAUGGGGUCCAUUGGGCCAUGGGGCCCACAGGGUCAGAGGUAGCUAUCUGCCAACUCUGUCCACUGGCUGAGAUUGCCUUGGGUGGUGCCUCACUCUGGUCAGGAAUCCUGCAGGAACCAGAACUGUCUGGCCACAGCUGCUCGGACCCACAUUGGGCCAUCUCCACAGCUGCUCAAGCCACAGUGGGCCAUCUCCACAGCUGCUCGGGCCUGUAGUGGGCCAUCUCCACAGCUGCUCGGGCCACAGUGGGCCAUCUCCACAGCUGUUCGGGCCUGCAGUGGACCAUUUAGUUCCAAGAAGAUGGGAUGCUGAGAGAAUUCAGACCGGCAGCUUCCCCAGCUCCUGGCCCAGUCCGAUCUGUCCAUGCUGUCUUCAAGUCCUGCUUCCUGUACAUCUCCCAAGCCUGACACCGACAACCCCGACAAGAAGGUCCACUGGGCUUCUGAGAAGAGAAGGAGGGCAUCUUCCACAGACUCAGAAUCAAAGUCUCACUUGGACGUCUCUAAGUUGCCCAGGUCCCGGAGGCCCAGCCGGCUAACGGUGAAGUACGACCGGGGCCAUCUGCAGCGCUGGCUGGAGAUGGAGCAGUGGGUAGAUGCUCAGCUGCAGGAGCUCUUCCAGAGUCAAGAAGCUCCUUCAGAGCCUGAAAUUGAUCUGGAAGCGCUCAUGGAACUAUCCACAGAGGAACAGAGGACUCAGUUGGAGGCCAUUCUCCGAGACUGCCCCUGUGACACAGAGUCUUUUAUCUCUGAGCUGCUCAGUCAACUCAAGAAACUUCGGAGACUCAGCAGGCCUUCGAAAUAAUGCUGGAGAGAGCAUAUUCUGCAGCCUCAGCCCUGAUCUGGAUACUGGCUGACAAGGGAUGCAGAAGACAAGGAGAGACACUUGGAUAGCCCAAGUGUGUGUGCAGACACAGCUGGGCUCUCUCUAUUGGGUGCUCUGGGAGUCAGUUGUGGCUGUUGCCUAAUGCUUCCCUUGGCAGCCAGGAUAAAAACUUUAGGAAACCA